AUGUGGAAGCUGCUAGUUGUAUUAGCACUGUUGUGCUAUUCUUCUACAAUCGGUCUGGUACUUUCGCCGCAAGUGCUAAAGGACUUUUGCACAUAUUAUGGCUCUGGCACUUUUGGAUUAGGUUGUUCACCUUACUUUAUUAUCUGUAAAACUGAUAUACAAGAUCUGCGUCGUUGCCCAGAUCCACUAGUCUUUGAUGAGACGCUUAUAAGCUGUGUGCCAAAAAAUAAGUCUGUGGUCUGUGACGCAGCUAAGUUGGCACUGCUUGCUAAAGCACCAGUGGUGAAACAGACGCCUGAAGGUAAUGUUUCAAGUCGUCUUUUUAUUCUUGAUUUUAAUUAUUUACUUGCAGCGUUUUCCUGUGUUGGAAAAGUUGACGGAGUAUACAAGCAAAAAUGUGCAUCUCUUUUUGUUGUAUGUAACAACGAGGAAGCGACAUUCCUGUCAUGUCCACACGGCUUGAUGUAUGACGGAACAACGGCGAAGUGUAGGAAAGAACCCCUAAGAUUGAUACAAGUUUCACCAACUAGGUUUCAAUUCACUUUAGCUUUUUCCUGUAAGGAUAUUCCGAACGGGUUUUACCCACAAGUUGCUGAAGACUUUGUAAUAAAGUGCGACAAUGGAAGAGCAACACUCCUUCACUGCCCAAGCAAUUUGAUUUUGAAUCCGAGAGAACAGCUAUGUGUUGAAGCACCGCUUUUAAGACGCAGGCGUUUUAUCAUGGAUUCUUUACUGACUGAUUUGGUGCCAGAAGUUGCUUUUGAGUACGACCCAUUCGGAGGGUUUUACGACCUCAGCACAUUUACUGUUACUUCGUUACCGUCACCACUUGCGUUUUACCCAACGUGUACUGGUUUGUCAUAUGGUGUGCAUGCUUUUGGUUGCACUGCGAAUUAUAUCGUCGCUUUACCGAACUACUGCUCUAUGUUCACAUGUCCAGUUGGUUUUGCUUACAACACGGCUGUACAACUUUGCGCUCCUGAGGUCGAAGUCCCAGCGUUCUCAGCUCCUGCACCUGUUGUUAUCCCAGCCCCUCCACCAGUCGUGGUUACCGCCCCUCCACCUGUCGUGAUCACUCACGCCCCGCCUCUUUUAGUUACUAUUCCUCCUCCGGAAGUGGUGACUCCUGAAGUCUUACCCCUUGAACCUUUGAAGGCUGCGAAAGUUGUUCCACCAAAGGUAGAGCUGCCUGCAAUUCCAGUCAUAACUACAGCAUUAGACUUUGACUGUUCCAACAAAGCCGAUGGUCCUUACAGUUUGGGUUGCUCUCACAAGUUCGUUAUGUGUUCAAAUGGAAAAGCAAUAUUCCUUUCUUGCGCUGCUGGUUUGGUGUUUGAUCAGCUUUCUGCCAAAUGCUUAGAAAAGGCUUUCGUUGCUGACUGUGGUGGUGUCGCAACUCCAGUGCCUGUCGUUGUUAAUGCAGCUCGAGUUUCUCAUCCACUAGUAGCACCUCCUGUUAAGAUACCCAUCAAUGUGGCAGCAGCUGUUGAACCAAUUCUGUCAUUGUCGGCGUGCGAUGAAAAGACGGAUGGUAUUUAUAGCUUAGGUUGUUCCGGUGCAUUCUAUUCUUGCAUCGGUGGAGUUUCUACAGUAAUGAAUUGCCCGAGCCAGCUGGUUUUCGAUGAUCUUUCUGGACAGUGUUCGGCUAAAGCGUAUACUGCUAGUUGCGGUGGGACAGCCACUCCAGCUCCUGCCGCCGUAAAGCCUGCGUCAUGCGUAGGGUACUUCGGUGUUUUGUCGACAAGUUGUCGAACUUUCACAGUAUGCCUCGGGGCUGAGGUCAAGGAGUUCGUCUGUCCAAAAAGUUAUUUCUUCGACCUGGAGUUGCAUAAGUGUGUCGUGCAGGUACGAAGAGCUACUCUUGCUUUCAAUUUUUCAAAUAAUACAUUUGGACAUUGUGCCGAUCUCCAUCAAAUUGUUUCAGCUUUAUCCGGGAUGUGGAGAGUUUUUGGCAGAGCUUCAGUGUGCGCCGACCUUCUAAUUAUGCUGAUGUAUUCGGUUAAUGAGUGCUACAGUUGUUCGCCUGGUCCAGGAGGAAUUUGCUAUUCUGGAAAGUUAAGUCUUGUAAAGUGUGAUCAGUCUUCUAGCUUCUUCUUGCGUUACAUUUUAAUGAUUGAAAACUAUGGAAAAGGCAAAGUAUGCGUAAUUCAAUUAAGAUGGCAAAUGUUGUCAGAAUUAUUCAUUUUGAAAUUUGGGUACAGCUCAUCUCUGUUUCCUGGGGCUGUACUAAACAAACAGAUUCGCAUUAAAAGUAAACGUUCUAAGCCGCCGAGGAUUGGCGGCGCCAAUGGUGUAGCGGUAUCAUUGUGCCCUCCCACGGUACAGACCCGGGUUCAACUCCCGGUUGGCGCAAAUAAGCUUUGCAACCCUGCUGGAGUGGUUUUUUAUGAUGAAGACCUUCCUAUCUCUCAGGACACUUGUAAUGAAGAUUCUGCUAAAGACUGGUGUGUUGCGAGGUAUUUUCACGACCUGACAGCUUCCGGCACUCUUGAGUAUCGAUGCGCCAAUAGGUUCAACGAUGCUGCAUAUCCAGUUCACUGUGGCGAUGGACCGGGCGAGAUCAAUCACCGCGGAUGCCACAAAAAGCUUGAUUUUAAAGGUCACGCUAGCUGGAACUGCCCGCAUUAA